AUGAAGCACUUUCUCAGAAUGCUUGUCCAGGUAUGCCUGUAUUUCUAUUGCAAAUGCUUAUGGCGCUGCCUGAAAUUUGUGGUGCGGAAACUGACCGGACGAUGUGAGCUGCAAAGGAUUUGCUAUAAUAUCAAGUCUGGAGCUGAAAGAACCUUGAAAAUUGAGACAUCAUUGAGGAAUUCAAAAAACAAGUUGCUCCAAAAUUCCAUUAGUGUUCCUCCUGAUGCAAUUGAAAAAACGGUAGAUGCCAUCAUAGAACUGAAAACGAUUAAUCCAGAUGUAAACCCUCAGCUAAGUGUAUCCCUGCAAGCCUGCCUUUUGCAGAUUGUAGGAUACAGAAAUCUGAUUGCUGAGGUGGAAAAGCUGCGUCGAGAGCAGUAUGAUUCUGAAGAGGAUCAGCAUGAAGAAAUGCUUCUGAAGCUAUGGAAAUGCUUGAAACCUGAUUCUCCUUUGGAAGCUCGGAUUUCCAAGCAGUGGUGUGAAAUUGGUUUCCAAGGUGAUGAUCCUAAAACAGAUUUUAGAGGAAUGGGGCUUCUGGGGUUGUAUAACUUGCUAUACUUUGCUGAACAUGAUGGUCCUGCAGCUCAGCAAAUUCUCUUAGACUCUCUUCAGCCAAAAUAUAGGGAAAUCACUAAAGAGGAAAUAAGCAAAUAUAGCAAGACUGAAUGGGAGAAGAAAAAGUUUGAUAAAGCUAUUGGAUUUUCCUUUGCUAUUGUUGGCAUCAACAUAACAGAACUUGCAUACAACCUGCUUGUGAGUGGUGCUCUGAAGACACAUUGCUACAAUGUUGCUCCAGAAGCUCCAACGUUAGCCCAUUUCCAGCAAACAUUUUGCUACUUGAUGCAUGAAUUUCAUAAAUUCUGGAUUGAAGAGGAUCCCCUGGACAUAAUGGAGUUCAACCGGGUGCGAGAGAAAUUCCACAAACGGAUUAUCAGGCAGCUGCAGAAUCCGAAUAUGGCGUUAUGCCCUCACUUUGCUGCCUCGGAAAGCUUAAUCAACCUGUAG